AUGGCCGACUGCAUUGACCUUACCAUUGACGACCAGCACAACCAGCAGUCAGAGUGCAUAGACCUGACCACGGACGACUUUCAAGAGAUCCAAGACAUAACACACCAAACCCUAGAAGGAGACCGAGCAAAGGUUGAGGGAAAAGAAAGGCCGGAACCAUGGAAGACUUUCAAAGCCCUAACAGGCUCAAACCCAAUACCCUUUGUUCUUGCGCAACAUCGAAUACAAGAUGCACAAAAAGCAGAGCAUGACACUUCAUCAGCAGAAAUUUAUAGAUUGGUCAUAUCAAAUGCCCUGUGUAGUUCCAGUGUCAAACCGCCCGCAAGAACAUCACCACCUGGACCCUAUUAUUGUCAAACGUGCAAUUCCCCCCACUCGACCCCAGUUGAAAUUCAUUCAACUUCAAUCCCCCAUCUCCUCUCCCUCUCCCCAGGCCGGUCAGCGCCCAACUAUGGCCUGGACGCUACGAACAAGGGAUUCCAAAUGCUGCAAGAUCAGGGUUGGACGUACGGGACCGGACUGGGUGUCGAUGAGCAGGGUCGUCAGCAGCCGAUUGCUACGCGACUAAAACGAGAUCGGCGCGGUGUUGGAGGAGAGACGGGGCGGAAAAGGGUCACCCACACCUUGGUGGAGGCCCAUGUUGAGCGAGUCACAAAGAAACGCCGGAAAGAGCUGGUAGAAAAGGAACGAAACGAUCGCAAGGAAUUGUUGGCGUAUAUGAAUUCUUAGUAAUGUGCUUGGGCAAAUAAUAACAUGUAUAUAUUUUGUUCUUUAUAAAAAAUUAUCACACAACAUUCACAAAAUACACGAGAUAUCAAAAC